UGUAAAAGCUUUGAUUUUUGUUUUGUUUUUUUGUUUUUUUUUUUUUUUUUUUUAGCGCAGCCAUAUAAUAUUCUUCUCCCAUUUCCUAGUCUCUUAUCUUUCCCUUUCCCAGGCAAUUUCUGAAAGCAAAGCAUUUCCUUUUCUCCUUCAAAGAUUCAAUUCGUAUUCAAGACCCGAAAUUAGGGUUUUCCCCCCCUUAAAUUAGCACAAAGCUAUCGAUCAUCUCUUGAAUCCAGGAUUUUUAUUUUUUGGGCAGGAAAUUGUGGUUAGAAGAUGGGGGCGUUCGUAUCUAGGGUUUGGUUCAUGUUGUUCCCGGCGAAAGAGUAUAAGAUUGUGGUGGUUGGCUUGGAUAACGCCGGGAAGACCACCACUCUUUACAAAUUACACUUGGGAGAGGUUGUCACCACUCACCCUACCGUUGGGAGCAACGUCGAAGAGCUUGUCUACAAGAACAUUCGGUUCGAGGUAUGGGAUCUUGGUGGACAAGAUAGACUAAGGACAUCAUGGGCAACAUAUUAUCGUGGUACUCAUGCCGUCAUUGUAGUGAUAGACAGUACCGAUAGAGCCAGGAUUUCCAUCAUGAAGGAUGAGCUCUUCAGGUUGCUGGGACAUGAGGAUCUUCAACACUCCGUUGUACUAGUCUUUGCUAACAAACAAGACCUUAAAGAUGCCAUGACACCAGCUGAGAUUACCGAUGCCCUUUCUCUGCACAGCAUUAAGAACCAUGACUGGCACAUCCAGGCCUGCUGUGCCCUCACCGGAGACGGCUUGUAUGACGGUCUAGGCUGGAUUGCUCAGAGAGUUACUGGGAAAGCAACAAGUUAAAAAGAGAGAAGAGAACAGAAACAACGGACAUUUCUAAUGUAUUCAGAGGAUGGUGGGAGAGUGAUAGACACGUAUAAUUUGUUUAUCAUCAAACUCUUUGAAUGCUCUAUUUCUGUGCAGAUCUGUAGAUUGUUCUCAAUUUCAACAUGUUGGAGGAAAAAAAAAAAAAAAAACAUUUUGAAA